AUGUCGUGGGCCGGAUUCAAAAAGGGCGUCAACCGGGCGACGACCCAGGUGAUGAUGAAAACCGGGCAGGUGGAGAGGACCAACGACCGGGACUACGAGGUCGAGGAGAGACGUUACAGAACCAUGGAAUCAGCAGCGAACCGCCUACAGAAGGAAGCGAAGGGAUAUCUGGACAGCCUGCGAGCAAUGACCGCCUCCCAGAUGAGAAUAGCCGAAACAAUCGACGCCUUCUACGGCGACGCUGGUACUAAAGAUGGAGUCUCUCGAUCAUACAAACAGGCCGUCGAAGAUUUGGACGCCGAAACAAUCAAGGCACUUGAUGGCCCCUACAGAGCAACCGUCCUCGAACCGAUCUCGCGCUUCUGUGCUUAUUUUCCCGACAUCAAUGAAUGCAUCAAGAAGCGAAACAACAAGCUCCUCGACUACGACUCCAUGCGCUCCAAGGUCAAGAAGCUGGUGGAAAAGCCCGACAAGGACGUGACCAAACUCCCCCGCGCAGAGCGAGAAGCCGAGAUGGCCAAACAAGCAUACGAACAACUCAACGAGCAACUCUUCACCGAACUCCCCCAGCUCAUCGAUCUCCGUGUCCCAUAUCUCGACCCCAGCUUUGAAGCCCUGGUCAAGAUCCAGCUCAGAUUUUGCGCAGAAGCGUACAGCCGCAUGGCACAAGUUCAGCAAUACCUGGAUCCAGAAACCAGAGAACAGUAUGCCCGUGGCGACUUGGAUAAUCGCGUCGAGCAGGUUCUUUCAGAGAUCAGAGAUCUGACAAUUGCUGGAACGGUCUAA